AUGGACCGCUCUGACUCUACGCAGUCUCGCGGUGACAACGACCAACGCACGUCGACUCGCGGCAAUGGAAACGCCUCAUCGCGUGGUAGCGAAAGUGACCGCUCCAUCUCCACCGGUGGCAACAACCAGCCGCGUCAGACGAGCAGCUCCAACGAUACUAGCGAUAGCGGCAACGACAGACGCCCCACUUCUACGACGGAGGGAAACAACCGCCCCACGCAGACAUCUACGCGUAGGACGUCAAACGAUAACAAUGAUUCUUCCUCAACAUCCGACAAUGACGACCAGCGCACAUCCUCGUCCACCAGCAGUCGUUCGUCUUCAACGUCAAGUGAAGCUAGCCGCACGUCCCAGUCGAGCAGCACAAAUGGUGUCUCUGACGGUCGCUCUUCUACGUCAUCAAGCGACCAAAGCCGAACGUCGGGGUCGAGUUUGAGUUCGGGUAGCAGUACUAGCCCUACUCGCUCUUCCUCCCAAGCCCCUACAAGCAGCAGCACUAACUCCAACAGCUCGAGCAAUGAUAGCUCUAGCUCAAACAGCAGCACUAAUAGCAGCAAUCGCUCUACCGUGUCGUCGUCUAAUUCCGCUGGUCCAACGUCAAGCCAGGACGGUGCCAUUACCAGCUCAUCAAGUGGGCUUAAUACGGCGACCUCAACAGACGUAUUUGUAACAACUAUCGAUGGCCAUGCUGUUACAUCAACUCGCAAGUCAGUAUUUACAUCUACGCCUGAUGCUGGUGAUCGCAGCGCGAACAAAAACAAUGGCGAUGAUGGAUACUGGCAGGAUGGCGGUGCUGUCGGAGGCACAUUUGCUGCUGUGGGUAUCGUUGUUGUGGCAUUGAUUAUUGGCCUUGGCUGGCUACUAUACCGCCGGCGCAAGUCGAAGCGGAUGGAUGCCGAUGUCAUGGCCGCUGCAUCAGCUGCUGCUGCAACGACACGUACACCUUUUGAUGAUGACGAUGAUGACGAUAUAAUGGGAGGACCCUUCGGUACGCCAGGUGGCGGCAAUGGUAGCGUCGAUCAAAACAGUGGUCUUCACGGCUCCGCUGGUCCACCAUCGCUCGAAGCUAACGGUGUUCAAGCCGCCCAGCCCUUGUAUCAGCCGUCGUCGGGCUAUCACCAGCCAGCACACUAUGUCAACUCUGUCGAUGACCCUUAUGGGAGCAUGCAUGGAUCUAGUGUACCUGUCUCAACGGGUGCUGUUCUGGGAGGCCUGGGUCAGCCAACCGUACAAUACUAUUCGCCGGGGCGGGCCGGCUCGAACGACGCUCAGCGCGGUGUUUAUGAAAGCCUGCCGACGGACUCAGCGUUUGUCUAUCAACGCCCAUCUGUGGAUUCGUCGGGUUACCAUGCUGUCGGAUCUUCCGCGUAUGCUUACGCACAGCCUGAUCCAUUCCGCGACUCCACCGAGGCCGAACCAGCGGCUGCAGCGUCUAAUCUGCAACACCAUCCCAGCGUCAGUGGCCAAUCGAAUGCCUCGGGUCAGCCGUCUUCCUCGGCAGAGUACGAGCCUGCUCAAAGCCAUGUGUCCCAUAUGUACAUGCCCCACGUUCCUGAGGAUGCUCCAUACCCCGUGUCGUAUAACAAUGCGACUGCUCCUGCGACGGGGGCUGCUGCGCCUGUCUCUGGCGAGGUCACUGCUUGGCCGUCAUUUAUUCCAGGCGUCGCGCCAACCCACAAUGAAAAUUAUGUGCGCGAGGCUGAGCCCAGCACGACUCACUAUGCUGAUAUGAGUGGCCACAAUGCCGGUGUUGUGCAGGCUUUUGGUGGCGAUAAUGAAGGUCAGAGCGCCAUGGAUCAUGGCGACUGGGACCCACCGGCGCUUUCGAGCGCGUGGUUCCCAACGUCGGUAAACGACCAAAAGCAGGCGUCACCCCCUAGUGAGCCUGCGAUGCACUCUGAGAUGCCAUCGAGCUCUCUGCCACCCUACCCGUCGAAUGAAAAUACUGCUCCAUGGCCUGCGGACGAAAAGGCAGCCGCCACUAGGCCGCCAGUCAGCACGCCCCCAGCAACAGGCCAUCAGCCUCUGAUGGUCCGGAAUCCAUCACCGGAAGACGAGUAA